AUGGCGGCUUUUCCGCCGCCGGCAGGACUUAUGGAGGGUGCGCAGCCUCUGAGGAGUUUUGCGGCUGUGGUAGCAGAUGCAGGGAGCGAGGAGGGAUUUAAUCCUGGGUCAAUAUCUACGUAUAGAGGGGAGCCUGCCCUCAGAAUAGCGAAAAAAGAUAUCAUGCAAUUGGCUUUGCCGUUUCAGCAUGCACUUGUGGGCAGAUUCUCGUACAGCAGGCCCCCAAUGGAGACUGUGCGGAAGUUCUUUCUUUCACUGGGUCUGAAGGGGGAGUGUGCGGUGGCUCUUUUAGAUGAUGACCACGUUCUCAUCAGACCAACAUUAGAGGAGGAUUAUACUCGACUUUUUGUCCGCCGUACGUGGUUCAUAAGAAGCUCGCCUAUGUCGGUAUCAAAGUGGUCCUUGGAUUUCACAGCCAACAAGGAAAUGUCAAUUGCACCGGUGUGGGUCAGUUUUCCUGGCUUACCCAUACCCUUUUUUGGCCGACAGGUUCUGAAAAAGCUGUCCUCUGUUUUGGGUCGCCUACUGAAGAUUGAUGCAGCAACGGGAGAUCUGCGGCGGCCAUCGGUAGCACGGGUAUUGGUGGAGAUGGAUGUUACGCAAGAGCCUGUGUCACGGAUCUGGAUCGGGGAGGAAGAGUAUGGCUUCUGGCAGAAGGUUGAGUAUGAGAAUUGGCCUGAGUUUUGUUCUUUCUGUGAAAGAUUUGGCCACGAAGAGCAACAGUGUUUUAAGAAGCACCCGACGUUGAAACCUACCAAGAUUUCGCAACCACAGCAGACACUUUCUCGGCCAACAUGGGUAAGGCGGCAGGGGGAUGCUGUGCGGGACAUUCGGAAGUCAGGAAUGGAGGGAGGAGAUGGAGGGGCUGAGGCAGGCAUUUCUGGGCAGCCUGAGGUGCGGAAGGAUGCAGGGACGACUGUGGAUGAGGGAUGGACGGCAGCGGGGGAGGGCUCCGCACGACGGCAGAUAGAGAUGGGGGACUUGGAUGGAAAUGCAUUGGCAGUGGUUAACGGUGUGGGGCAGGAGCAGGAGGGGCGCAGCGAGUCGUCGACGGAUGAUGUAGGAGGGGAGGCAGUGGAUUCAGGGGGGAUACUGGCGUUGAGGGUUGCACAGGCAGGAGGUGUGGUGGCUACCCAGGAGACAGAGGCAGCGUCGGUAGAGAUCAGAAACUCUUUUGGGAUCCUUGAGAAAGUGGGUGAUGAGGGUGCUGGGUGA